UGUUUGACAUUUGGAAUCGUUUGUUUGCCGAGAAAAGACGUAAAAUUGCAAUUUUUCACAAAAAAAAUCGCGAAAAAAUUUUCUAAUCGUUGCCAAACGUUCGGACAAUCGUUUUCGCAACGAUGACUGGCGGAAGUUCGGCAACGCGUGUGGUGCAAAUCACAAAUAUUGCACCGCAAGCAACGAAGGACCAAAUGCAAAGCUUGUUCGGCAGUGUUGGAAAAAUCGAUGAAAUCCGCUUGUAUCCGACAGUGCGAGAUGUUUCGUGUCCCGUCACGAGUCGCAUUUGCUACGUCAAGUACAUGGAGAGUCACAGCGUGCCGGUGGCGCAACAUUUGACCAACACCGUGUUUAUCGAUCGCGCCUUGAUUGUCAUUCCGGUGGCAAGUGGGCAAAUUCCCGACGAAUAUCGCGCCUUGGAAAUGGCAGCGAACGGAACUCUCGUACCUGGUUUGCAGAAACAAACGUACAAGUUGCCGCCCGAAGUGGUGAAUCGCAUCGACGGGUUUGUGCCGAACCAGGUAAUUCGCACGGAUGAUCCGAAACUCGUGGAGAACAAUUUGCCGGAAUAUCCGCCGUUGCCGGUGAAUUUCGAUGCACGUAAGAUUGAGGAGACGCGUCGCACAAUUGUCGUCAUCGAUGUUCCGUCGAGCUGGAAGCUGGAUGAAAUAAUGGACAUUUUCAAGGAGAGCGGUGAAGUAAAAUACGCGAGAUUUGCGGAAUCGGGCGAAGGACAAAAGAUGGCGAUGAUUGAAUUUUGCGAUCAAAAAAGUGUCAUCAGUGCUCUGAAGUUGCAUGGCACCGAAUACGAUGGAAAACAACUAAAUUUGUACCAUUCGACGCAGCCAAUCACCAAACCGGAAGCCAAAAGUAACGAAGCAGCUCAAAAAGAGAUCGAAGAAGCAAUGUCGAUCGUCAAAGAAGCGCAAAGUAUGAUUUCAGCAGCUAUUGAUCCCGUCAUCGGACUACUUGGAUCGAAGAAAUCCCGAACCAGGAGUCGCAGCAGGAAGAGAACACGAAGUAGGGAUCGUAGCAGAUCUCGUUCUCGUAGUCGACGACACAAAAGUCGUUCCCGCGAUCGCAAACGGAGUCGUUCUAGACGCUCUCGUAGUCGUUCUCGGAGUCGUAAACGCAAGGACAGAAAACGAAGUCGCUCCCGUGAUCGUCGUCGUCGUUCCCGCAGCCGAGAUUACCGUAAACGCUCCCGUUCGCGUGAUCACAAGCGUCGUUCGCGUUCUCGUGACUACCGCAGACGUUCGCGAUCUCGUUCGAAGCGUUCUCGUAGUCGCGAUCGUCGUCGUCGCAGUUAUUCGCGCGAAAGAGUCUCCAAAAAGUCGCAUCGCAGCAAGGAUGAACGUCGCAGAAACAAGUCAUCGCGCUCCCGGAGUCGCAGUUCGAAGCCACGUUCGCCGUCGCAUGGGCGUUCGUCGCACUCGAAGCGCCCGUCGUACAAGAGUCGCGAAAAGGCGAUGCGACGCAUCAGCGAGGAACGUCCGGUGCGCGAUUACGAUGCCGAAGAACGCAUCGGACACGAAUCAGAUCGUGCCAGUUCACGCAAAUCCAAAUCCGCGAGUCCCGAGAAGUCAGACAACAUGGAUAUCUCUAAUUCACCGUAAAUUUGAAAAAACAAUAAAAAAAUUUCUUUCGAGUAUUUUUAAGACAGAUAAACGUUUAAGAUUGUAAUGUGACAUGCGAAUUUCGCAAUUCAACAACUUUUAAUCGUAACGUAGAAGUAAAUAAAUUUCUGAUCAA